AUGGUGAACCCCACCACCCACCCCUCCACCUCCAAAUCUUCCAGCAACCCAGGGCCCCAUUUCUUCCAGCCCCCCAGCCAUCUACCCCUCCCCGCCCCCCCUCCCCCACCCAUACAACUCCUCCAACCCCCAGGCCCUCAUUCCUCCAGCCCCCCAGCCAUCUACCCCCCCCCCCCCCCCCCACACCCAUACAACUCCUCCAACCCACAGGCCCUCAUUCCUCCAGCCCCCCACCCAUCUACCCCCCCACACCCAUACAACUCCUUCAAGCCCCAGGCCCUCAUUCCUCCAACCCCCAGGCCCUCAUUCCUCCAGCACACUUUCCCGGACCGAACCCUGUCAGAGAGGUGUUCCAGAGACAGCCAGGCGAGGUGUGUGUGGCCUGGACUCCUCAACCACAGCACCAAGCCCAACACCAGUACCAAGCACAGCACCAAGCCCAACACCAGUACCAAGCACAGCACCAAGCCCAGCACCAGCACCAAGCCCAGCACCAAGCCCAAAACCAGCACCAAGCCCAGCACUAAGCCCAGCACCAGCACCAAGCCCAGAACCAGCACCAAGCCCAACAUCAGCACCAAGCCCAACACCAGUACCAACCACAGCGCCAAGCCCAGCACCAAGCUCAGCACCAGCACCAAGCCCAACACCAGCAUCAAGCCCAACACCAAGCCCAGCACCAAGCCAAGCACCAAGCCCAGCACCAAGCCCAACACCAAGCCCAACACCAAGCCCAGCACCAAGCCCAACACCAAGCCCAGCACCAAGCCCAACCCCAGCGCCAAGUCCAACACCAAGCCCAGCACCAAGCCCAGCACCAGCACCAAUCCCAGCACCAAGCCCAGCACCAAGCCCAGCACCAGCACCAAUCCCAUCUUCAGUCCCAGCCCAACCAGGAACUAG